ACUCGUAUCUUUCAUUUUCAUCAUUGUUCCUCCUCCCACCGCCGCAAUCAUGGCGGUAACUUCACCAGAAACCACCGAUCCCACCCUCACUCAAUCUUCACAUAAACCAUUCUCCUAUCGUCCAUUUAAUCUCCAAAAACUUCCUCAUUUAAGUGAUUAUCUUCCAGAUGUCAAAUCCUACACUAACCCAUUAGAGAAUAAUUCUUACUACCGCCCAACCGACGGUUUCUACCUAACAGACGCCGACAUCGUUUUGCGUCAGAUAAUCAUUGACCUUUCUGGUACUUUCCCUCCUUCCGCUCCAUUCUCUGCGUACCAUAGGGCGGGUCCGCGUCAACAAAUAUUCUUUGACCCGAGUAGUGUUCGGGCUGCUAUUGUUACCUGCGGGGGACUGUGUCCUGGAAUGAAUACGGUGAUAAGGGAAUUGGUGGUUGGGCUUUGGGAGAUGUACGGAGUGCGUAAGAUAUAUGGAGUAGUGGCUGGGUAUAGAGGGUUUUAUUCAAGAGAGCCUAUUGAGCUUAAUCCAAAGCUUGUCCAUAACUGGCAUAAGAGGGGCGGUACUGUUCUUGAGACCUCUAGAGGUGGGUUUAAUCUUGAGAAGAUUGUUGAUUCCAUUCAAAAUCAUUGCUUUAAUCAGUUGUAUAUCAUUGGUGGAGAUGGAACGAUGCGUGGGGCUGUGAAGAUAUUUAAUGAAAUUCAUCGCCGGAAACUAAACAUUGCAGUUGCUGGAAUUCCCAAAACAGUUGACAAUGAUAUAGGCAUAAUCGACAAAUCAUUCGGGUUCCAAACAGCGGUAGAGAUGGCUCAACAAGCAAUCAAUGCAGCUCAUGUAGAGGCUGAGAGUGCAGUCAAUGGUGUGGGGCUAGUAAAGCUAAUGGGUCGAAGCACAGGCCACAUAGCCCUCCAUUCAACAUUGAGCAGCCGAGACGUGGACUGCUGUUUAAUUCCAGAAACUGAAUUUUUCUUGGAAGGAAAAGGAGGCUUGUUCGAAUUUCUCGAGAAACGUCUAAAAGAGAACGGCCAUGCAGUAGUAGUUGUUGCUGAGGGUGCAGGGCAGGACAUGAUACCGAGAAGUGAAGCGCAGAAAGAAGAGAGAGAUGAAUCGGGCAACCCGGUUUUUUUAGAUGUUGGUGCAUGGUUGAAGUCCGAGCUAAAGAAUUGGUGGUCCAGAGAUCACCCAAACGAGUUAUUUACUAUUAAGCUUAUCGAUCCGACAUAUAUGAUACGGGCAGUCCCUGCAAAUGCGACAGAUAAUCUAUAUUGCACUCUUUUGGCACAUUCUGCUAUUCAUGGAGUUAUGGCAGGUUACACUGGAUUUGUGUGUGGACCUAUUAAUGGCAACUACGCAUACAUUCCAUUGGAAGAAGUUGCGAAGGCGAAGAACGAAGUUAACGUAAAAGACCAUAAAUGGGCAUGGGUGAGAUCUGUCACUAACCAGCCCGAUUUUGUUAGGAGAUGAAUAUGCAAAUCAUUUUCAUCGAUCAUGUCUAAUGUUUUUUGAAGUCAGUGAGUUUUUUGUUGGAUUGAAUUUUCAAGAGCAUGGCCAGGCAAAAGAUGCCCAUUUGUUAAGUGGGUUCGUUCUUCUGAUAGUUUUAUGCAUAAGGCCUGUUAUGGAUGCUUAGGUGGUUGGACCAGGUUUGGUUUGUGGAAUGUCUUUGUUGUAUAAUGUAACUGGGCUUUGUUGAUUAACAUAAUGCACCACUGAAAGAUCUCUUACACGGUACUGGAUUUUUUCACAACUUA